AGUGAUUUUCAGCAUGGAAAACUGGUACCCCUGCAUAAUUUGCGGAAUCGCCCGUUAUGGACAUGACGUCAUCGCCACACCACGGCUCACUUCGGAUGCCCGUGUUAAUCAAUGGCUUAAUCUAAUCGGAAAACCUGCUCUAAACAGAAUACUCGCCACCAACAAAAACCCCACACUCAACACUUUUAUCUGUAUUGAGCAUUUCGAGCCGGAAGAGCUCAUCGAGCCGAAAAAACGGCGGAUGAAGCCGAUAAAAACGACGAGGCGGGAGAUGGCGAUCUACGAGAAUUAUUUCCGGGAUCAUGGAUACUUUGAGACGCAGAAAAGUGACGUGAAUCGCAAGAAAUCGAUGAAAUUGACGUCGAUUUCGUGUUCUCAAUGCAGUGAAAGUGUGGAGAGGGAUGGAAAAUUUGCGAAAAUCGAUAUGGUAGAUCAUGCGAAGCUUCACAUGGAAUUAGGCGAUUGCCGAUGCGAGAAACACAAGAAAAUUGAGAGAAUCGAUAGAAUUGAUGGUGAAAAUUCGGAUUUUCAAUGCUCAGAAUGUGCAUUUAUUCUCAAUGCGGAAUUGGAAGCUGUUAAAGAGAAAGCUGAAUUUUGUUUUCCAAUGUUUCAAUUUGAAAAGAGCAAAUUUUCAAACUCCACCCUGGAACCUCGAAUGAAACCGGAAUAUAUUGAAAGCCGCCCGUUCUGGAAUUCGGAAGAAUAUGAUCCGGUAUUUCUAGAUUCUGAUGUGAAAUUCGAUUUGAUUGAAGAUUUCGAACCUCCUGAGCCGGAGCCGGAGCCGGAGCAAGUUGACACUGAACUAGUGAAACUGGAGCCGAUUGAUGGGGAUUAUGAGCAUAUGGAAGGAUGCUUCAGUGGUUUUGAGCAAGAAGAAUCUGAGCAACCCUCAACGAGCUCAGCGCCACGGAAAUUAGUUCAACAACGUGAUCGGCUUCUGGAAAACCUGUAUCAAUCGAAUCGUCAUCCAUCAAUGGAAGACAUCAACUCACUUCUCGACUUUUCCGGUGAUCAGCGAUCGAUCGAGGCGAUUUUCGGCUUUUUCGAGCGACGACGAAAUGACGAUAAUGAAAUGUGCACGGGAGAUGAUGCUUGCUCGAGUUUAAGACGUUAUUUGGAAAUGGAAUUACAUCCACAUGGACCAUUACUUGAGCCACCUGAAAUUCGGUGUAGAAUGAUUAAAAUGUUUGAGAAACAUUGGGCCAAAUAUCGAUAUGUAUUCAGAGAUCUACAUUCUUAUAUGUUCUCCGAUGCGCUGGGCCUGCCUCCAAAAUACAUUCGACAACGUUUCGAGCAUUUCAAGGAACGAAAGAAUCAACAGCAGAAAAAGCAACAAGAAGAAGCCGACAGAGCAUUCCGAGAACGUCACAAGCCACCGAAACCACACAAACCAAAACCCAAAUCGCAAUAUUCGAAAUUCGAAGAUGAAACAAUGGAAAAAGCAUAUAUGAGAACUGUGAAAAUGAAUCCAUCUUCAUAUGAAUCCAGGGAUCUUCUCGAGUCGAUUUCCAUUAGUUUACGAAUGUCAUUGAUUAAAGUUCACGAAUGGUUUAAUAAUAGGAAGUUUGUCGACUCUAUAAUAGAUCAAACGUGGAGAACAUUUUCUGUAAACGACGAAAAACGGCUCCAUUCGACAUUUCUUCAAAAUCCGCAACCAACAGAUGAGCAAUAUUGUUAUUUGGCGAAAGAACUACGUGCUCCAGUGAAAGAAGUGAUGAAUUGGUUCAAAUUGAAACAAAUGAACGAGGAACGCGAGGAAGAAGCGCUGAAAUUCGAAUAUAAGCUUGAUGCGCUCACACAGGAAAGCAUCGAUUUGUUCACGACAAUUGUUGAUGGAACUACUGUAGUCUCGGUCGCCAAGCGACGAUUGCUAGCACUAGAGCUUGACGUUCCAUACGAAACACUCGGUCGAUGGAUCUUCUACUACCGAAAUCGCGAGGAAAAAAGCCGGAAAUCUCCGAAACUCGAGGAUGAUGAUGAUCCACCGCCGAGGCUGGCGAAAAUGCCAAGGCUUGAGAUGAAUGAGCCCGACAACGAAGAAGAUAUCAAACUGGAACCAUUGGAUUCUUGACACAAUUUUUUUUGGCAAUUUUUUUGAAUUUUUAAAAAAAAUUUCUACCGCUCUAGUUUUGUUAUUUAAUGGGUUUUUGAUUAAAUAAAUGACAACCAAUAUA